GUCGCAGGUGUGGUGGAGUGCUUAUUCGUUUCAUGCAUUUCCGUACCACUUGAGCUAUAUGCGGUCACUUUUAAAGUGAAACACCUGCAACUGCAAACAUCUAGAAAUUGCAAUAAUAUCAUUACUAGUAUUCGCAAGUACGGAUAGUUGUCACCUCCUGGUUUUGUAAUUUUGUGCUUGCAUGGUUAGUAGCGUAAUCUGGGCGUGGUUUCGAAUAGAGCCUCCAUAACUAUUGUUUCGACCAGCCAAUGACAAGCUCUCUUAUCAAGUUAAGUAUUAACUCUGUUCCCAUGUGCCAGCUCAAUAACCACUGAUAUUAAAAACAAAGUCAUGCCGUGUUUCGAAGGAUUUAGAAAUCAAGAAUAAUGCUUUCAGGCUCAAGAUUCCUUAGUUCAUAUUUCAUUCAACGUGUUUCCCAAGUUAGAGGUUUGCUACAUUACAAGUGUCAAUAUUAUGCUGGGAAUGGAAUUUUAUACCCUAAACUUUGUGAAUCAGAUUUUAGAAGCAUGAAUCAGAUUGCAAUGAAUCACUCUUCAGCUGUUGCUUAUGCUAAGACAAGUGUCUUUGGAAGAUUGAAGAGAAAAAUUUAUGAUUCAUAUUCUAGCAAAACAAAAAUCAAUGUGUCAGCUCAGUUAGUCUAUGAAUCAUGUGUAGAUGGCAUAGAUUGGAAUGAGUUCAUAGAAUAUUUUGGCCUUCCAGACACCUUACACUCUUGGUUUCUAUUAGUUCAACUUCAUGUUUGGAUGUGUGUAUUGGUUCUUGUAUCUGAAACUCAAGGCAGAAUUUUUCGCAAUGUUUUAAUUGAUGCCAUGUGGAAUGAUGUUGAGGCUAGGCUUGAUAAGCUAGCUGUGAUCAAGAGUUCAAAGAAGAAAGAAUAUUUAGCAGAAUUACUUAGUCAGUUUCAAGCUGCACUUAUAUCAUAUGAUGAGGGCAUUUUAGGAGAUGAUACCUGUUUAGCAGCAGCUGUAUGGCGAACUAUGUUUAAUUUUCGUGAUGUAGAUCCUCGAACAGUUGAAGAUAUGGUAUACUACAUUCGAAGACAGCUUUCUCAUUUGGAUUCAUUGAACACAGAAAACAUGCUGUUUUAUGGAAAAAUAAAGUUUUUGCCUCUAAAGGACAUUAUUGAGGAAGCAAAUAAAGAAAAAGAACUGUUAUAAAGAAAUUACUUGCAUUAUACCAUUAUACCUGCUUUUAUUUAUUAAACACUUUAGCUGUA